AAGUGUAUCGUUUGCUCGCUAAAAAAGGAAGGAGAAAUAGCGAGGGUGGAUCUACAUGGUGUUGAAACACUCGGUAAAUCCCAAAGCUACCCGCUUGGAAACUACAGGCACGUUUUCAAACUGGAAAGGACAAAUAUGAGCGAGAAGGGCUUUCUUGGGUGCACAUUGACUUUCACGACAAUCAGCCGACUAUCGACCUCAUUGAAGGAAGACCAGGGCUUUAGAUUAUCUGGACGAGCAGUGUAA